AUGUUGGAGGCUCCGAGUUAUCUGGUGUCAAGAGACUUACCAUCUUCAUGUGAGGAAGAGAGUAAAUGGAUCUACAACGCACACUGUGUGCUUCAGCUCUCGCUGAAGAAGCGUUUCUUGGAUGAUAAAGAAGAAGAAAGUUCCACUAGAAAGAUGUUUAAGUCUCACUCUCAUCAGGGAGGUGGUGAUCAACAGAGUCCACCGAUAACUAAGCUCGACCAAAACGCGCUUCUCAACUGCUUAUCUCACUGUUCUUUAUCCGACUUCGGAUCCAUCGCCUCCACGAACAGAACCUUCCGUUCGCUCAUCAAGAACAGCGAGCUCUACAGGCUGAGACGAGCCAAAGGCAUUGUGGAGCACUGGAUUUACUUCUCAUGCAGGCUACUUGAAUGGGAAGCGUAUGAUCCAAACGGAGACCGUUGGCUACGUGUUCCCAAGAUGACGUUCAACGAAUGUUUCAUGUGUUCAGACAAAGAGUCUCUCGCCGUUGGGACAGAGCUUCUUGUGUUCGGGAAAGAGAUCAUGGCUCAUGUGAUUUACCGUUACAGCAUCUUGACCAAUGCUUGGACGUCAGGGAUGCAGAUGAACGUCCCUAGGUGCUUGUUUGGAUCGGCGAGUCUUGGUGAAGUCGCGGUGAUCGCUGGAGGAUGUGACCCUAGGGGACAGAUACUGAGCUCGGCUGAGGUUUAUAACUCGGAGACAGGGGAGUGGAGUGUGAUCCCGAGCAUGAACAAGGCGAGGAAGAUGUGUUCGAGUGUGUUCAUGGAUGGGAGGUUCUAUGUGAUUGGAGGUAUAGGAGAAGGGAACUCGAAGAUGUUGAUGUGUGGUGAAGUGUAUGAUCUCAAGAAGAGGACAUGGACGUUGAUACCUAACAUGUUACCUGAAAGAAGUGGGAGUAGUGGUGGUGGAGGAGGAGAGCAGGGGAAGGAGAGUUCCGCUGCUGCGGCGGCUGCGGCUUCAGAGGCGCCGCCGCUUGUGGCGGUUGUGAAAGAUGAGCUUUACGCUGCGAACUACGCGCAGCAGGAGGUGAGGAAGUAUGAUAAGAGGCGUAACGUUUGGAAUAGAGUGGGAAGUUUGCCUGAGAGGGCUUCAUCGAUGAAUGGUUGGGGAAUGGCGUUUAGGGCUUGUGGGGAUCAGUUGGUGGUUGUUGGAGGGCCUAGGGCACUUGGAGGAGGGUUUAUAGAGAUCAAUGCUUGUGUCCCAAGGGAUGGUGAGUCUCUGCAUUGGAGAGUUCUUGCUUCAAAGCCAUCAGGGAGCUUUGUGUAUAAUUGUGCUGUUAUGGGAUGUUGA